CCUUGGUAGGACUACCUAGGCUGGCCACUCCAGUACUGCCAGUUCUACGGUCCUUUCUCUUGCGGGGUACUCCUUUGUAAACAGUGGAAAGAUCCGGGAGCUGCCUGCUACAAUCCUCAGACAGACACUCAAAGGGAAACGGCGUGCCGAGCAAGCAAGGGGAGGCAGAAGGAAGAUUUAUGAUUGUUUAGAAACACUUUUAUGUGAUUUUUACUGUCCUUCUACUCAGCCGAAAGAUAGACAAAGCUUCUCGCAGUCGAAGAGGAUCCAUAGGCUGUAAGAUAAUAAAAAGAUGGCGACGGUGGGUGAAUCCCGAUUACAGCAGCAGCCGUCCCCGAAGGACGCGGCGGACCAGAACUUUGACUACAUGUUCAAGCUGCUGAUCAUCGGCAACAGCAGCGUUGGCAAGACCAGCUUCCUGUUCCGCUACGCCGACGACUCGUUCACCUCCGCCUUCGUCAGCACCGUGGGCAUCGACUUCAAGGUCAAGACCAUCUUCCGCAACGACAAGAGGAUCAAGCUGCAGAUUUGGGACACAGCGGGCCAGGAGCGCUAUCGGACCAUCACCACAGCCUACUACAGAGGAGCCAUGGGCUUCCUGCUCAUGUACGACAUCACCAACCAGGACUCGUUCAACGCCGUGCAGGACUGGGCCACCCAGAUCAAGACGUACUCGUGGGACAACGCCCAGGUGAUCAUGGUGGGGAACAAGUGCGACCUGGAGGAUGACCGGAUCGUGCCCACGGAGGACAGCCACAGGCUGGCAGAGGACCUGGGGUUCCAGUUCUUCGAGGCCAGCGCCAAAGACAACAUGAACGUGAAGCAAGUGUUUGAGCGGCUGGUGGACGUCAUCUGCGACAAGAUGAACGAGAGCAUGGCCGGGGACGCCAGCCUCAUGUCCAAUCACAGGGCCUCCGACCUGCAGGACACGCCCCCGGUCAGCCACGGGGGCUGCGGCUGCUAAGCCGCCACGGCGUCACCCUCCGACCCUCUGCCUUCAUCUCCUCCGGGUGUCCAGGCUCCACCCCCCUUCCCUGUCCUCUGUCGAAGCCUCCCCCCCUCACCGGGCCUCAAGUCCACCUCUCACCUCGCCACCCUCCACCCCAGCCUGGCCCCACUACUCCUAGCCCCAAACACAGCCCCCCCCCGUCCCCAUCGACUACCUCCACCACAAACCCACGCAGCAGCUCUGAGAUAACCCGUCACCUCCUUACCCCUCCCAGGCCUCUUCCCCUGUUUGUGUUCCCCCCCUCACGCCCCAUCUCCCCAUCUCUCUCCUGGGGACUGUGCUAGUCCUGCGUUGGGCUGAUACCCCAGCCCCCCCACCCCCUCCCACACACACACACACGCUCUCUCCCCCCUUAGUCAACUGCCUUCUCAGCAUUGUCCUCUCUAUGCACUUGUUGGGGUUUCAAAGUGAAACGGUUGGGUCCCUUCGUAGAUGGUUUCUUGUGAGAAACCGGUAUCACAAAUGGCUUUACUGUUAGAGCCAUUGAACGCAGUUUGUGGAAAGGCCGAUGUGUUAUGUCGCAUUGCCAUUUUUGAACCAUUGCCCGGUUUCACCUUUUGAUAACGUUUGUCAAACCACGCCACUGCAGUACGGUAAAAAGGACGAGAAAGAGACGAGUGCCCAGUAUAAGACGGCCGACCUGAGAAAAGUGGAUGUUCUGACACGCUGACCCGUUGUACAGCAGUGAUCCUCGGUGUCCAACGAGCCUGAAGAUACUUGGUGUUCCGAGCGUUUUGUCGGUAGCAACAACUCGACGUUAUGUCAUGAGCCGGGCAUUUCAGACAACCAAUCACGUUGCCUCGUUCAGCUCACCCACCUUCUUACGAGGCAAGGUUAUGGUUCCAUCUCCUCCUAUGCUUGUUACCCUGUUGUAGAGGCCACCUAAGUCCAUUAACACUAUUCUGGUGCUUAUUAUGUUUUGCCAGUAGCCUGCCAUGUAUGGAAAGCCAGCCUCGGCCUUACUCACUGCAGUGAGAGCCCGAGGACACCGGUCUGCUGUAAGGGAAUGGCAUUUUUUUGGGCGCGCUAGAGGGUCUUUCAACCGCUGUCACUGGUUGGUCACAUGAUCCACACAGUGGCAUGUCCUCAGACACCCCUUGGUAACAGCGCGCCUCCGUUCAGUGUUCUGUCUCUCUCACACACACACACGCACACACACACACACAAGCAGGCAGGCAUGCAGAACACGCACAUUAACACAGACACUUGAAGAAUGACUGUGAAAACGACACACUGUGUGCAAGUGGUCCCUUCUAACACACACACACACACACUGCCAUGCUACUAUCAUUGUCUGUGCAAGCUCCUGGCUGUCAGUUAGGGUCAGUGUCGGUCUCUGUCCCCAAAGUGGUUGCCUCACAUUGCCAUGCCAACGUAUGUUACCUCCCCUCUUCUCCUCUUCUCUACACUACUGCUGAAAGGGGGCAAGACUGACCGAAACCCUGCUCUCCCUCUGUUCUGCUGUCUCGCACAAUCGCCUGUCUUGCCUGUGUCCACUGCUGAGCACAGGCUACACUGUGCAUGGGUGUAUCGUAGACAGGUAAUGCAGAGUUUAGUUAUCGUGCAUCGUCAAUUCGCUCACCGAUGACACUAAAAGCAGGACUUUUCGUACAAGAUUACAACACGCUGGCUCCGAGGUGUUCCCUUGUCGCAGGACAUCGUGGCUGUAUGUAUGCCCCUGCUGGCGAAGGACGAUGUCUCAUGUGUCCUGAAGGUCCAGCUGGCUCCAGUGUCUGGUGUUCCGCAUUGACAGUGUGGUUCCUAACAGACACUCGACUCGUUCCGGUUUGGCGCGUGAGCCUGUUAGUUGAUGAAAGGACUGUGUGUAUCCCUGAUUUUUGUCUCCCUUUUUGUGUCCUUUUGUACCUUCCUGUUCACUCCAGAUGUUGUAGGUCUCUUGCACCAGAAGAGAGGUAGUCACGCUGUCCAUGUAUUUCUUUAUGUUCCACAUAAAACUCUUGAGUUUGUCUGAUGAAAACAUUUAUUAGAAGGUGUGUAUAAAGUGAGUAUAUAUAUAUAUAUAUUCAUAAAUGUGUUUGUGGAAAUAAAAGAAUGAUGUAAAAAAGAAAACACAAAAAAGGAGAAAUCACAUUUGUCAUUUCUACUGUCCCGUAAACAAGCCAGAGCUGAAGAACAGGACCCACAAUCAGAUGCAUUUCAACCUGUACAGCUUACAACACGUCUGUGGUUAGUCUGCUGAUUGCAUCUAGAAUUUAUAGCAUGGGACAGAGGCUUGGUGUUUUUAUCUAACGACACAGAAAACCACAUACUGCCAUUGUCCCUCGUCCC